UGUACAGCUUUAAAGACCCUGCCCUUUUCCACAAUUCUCACAACAGACCUACUUGCAAGCGUGUGUUAGACAGAAGUCACCAUGUUGUUGAUUUGGCUGAUCGAUGUCCUCUUAGCUUUGUCUGUCCUCCAGAUUGUGGCCACUGAUAAGAUUGCAGCUCCAGAUCCCUGCUUGGCCUACAUCAGCCUGAAUGAACCCUGGAGAAAUACAGAGUACCAUGUCAACAACUCGGCUGGUGUGCCCUUGUGUGACCGGCAUGUAGACGGUGAGUGGUAUCGCUUCACUGGUAUGGCCGGUGAUGCCAUGCCCACCUUUUGCAUCGAGGAGAACCAUUGUGGAACCCACGCACCCAUCUGGCUCAAUGGCACCCACCCACUGCCUUCCGAUGGCAUCAUCACGUUGCCUACAUGUGCAAGCUUCAACGAUGACUGUUGCCACUGGCGUGGGAUGGUGGAUGUAAAAGCAUGCCCCAGGGGUUACUAUGUAUACCGCCUGCCGCGUCCCUCAGUAUGCUUCCACGUGUACUGUGGCCAUUUCUAUGACAUCUGCGAUGAGGUGGAGUGCACUGGUCCAGACUGUCCACUGCAAAUAGAGUGCCGUUGUCCUUCAGGCACUGUUCUGGGGCCAGACUCCCAAACUUGUCUGGAUAUAAAUGAGUGUGAGAAUAGCAAUGGUGGAUGUGCUGAAAUGUGUCUGAACACCAAGGGCUCACGGCGGUGUGAGUGUGGUCCAGGCAGAGUCCUGGAUGCCAAUGGCUGGACCUGCAAUGAGAUCGCAGGCUGCCACAAUGUGAAUGGAGGUUGUAGCCAUGGCUGCUCAUCAGAGAAUGACUCCUAUUACUGUCACUGUCCAAGAGGCCUGACGCUGGGAGAGGACAAGCGAAGCUGCCAGGUGCCUGUGCAGUGCGAUCCCAGCUCUAUUGAUGUGUCUGUUCCCAAAGACCUUGUGGGUGGCCUGGAGCUCUUUUUGUCAAAUUCCUCAUGCCGCGGUGUCUCUAAUGGCACUCACAUCAACCUUCAUUUCAGCCUGAAGACCUGCGGCACCGUGGUCAAGGUAAUUGAUGACAAAAUAAUUGGCACAAACCUGGUCACCGGGCUGCCAAAGUCAAGUCCAACCAGCAGUGGAGAUCUAAUUGUACGCACCAGCAAGCUUUUGCUGCCCAUAACGUGCGAGUUCCCAGGUCAUUAUGACGUAUCAGAUGGUUACCUCCCCAGCUUACGCAGCUCUGCACUGGAGCUGUCAGGACACAGUGAGGGCGUCUUCCCAUUCACACUGGAGCUGUUUAAGAGCGCAGAGUUUUCCGAGCCGUACAACAGUCCUCCUCAGCUGCGUUUACGUGAUGCAUUGUACUUUGGCAUAGAGCCACGGGAGCGUGUGGAGGGCCUUGCUGCACUUGUGGAGACCUGCUUUGCCACACCUGGCCCUAAAUCUGAACAAGUCCUCAAAUAUUACCUCAUUAAAGAUGGCUGUAUUUCGGAUGACACAGUUCGCCAGCUCUCAGCAAAAAAUCAGCUCUCCAAACACUACCAGGUUCCUGUCUUCAAGUUCAUUGGCAGUGACAACAGGGAGGUGUACCUGCACUGUCGAGUGCUAGUGUGUGGUGAGGGAGAGUCACGCUGUACGCAGGGCUGUCAUAGACGUCUGAGGCGAGACCUCUGGACUGAACAACAUCAGGAGAAACGCACGCUGACUGGAGGACCCAUUCUCAUUCUGCCAGAUCUGUAACACACACACACACACACCUACACACACAUACACAACUCUGCCAUCCACCUCUUUAUCUGUAACCUUGAUUCUGUGAUCAAUCCAACACUACCAUACAAUGUCUUGUACAUAGACCCCAUUAACCCCAUAAUUUCAUCAGCCAACUGGAAACUGCAUUACUGUGCACAUGCAUCUCAGCGUCAAUUUAUUCACAUCGCUCACAAAUACACUGACAUCACACUCCUGUAUAUAUGAGCCAAUGACUCACUCUCUUAUGUCAUCAUAACAUAAUCUUUCCUCCGGGUUAAUAGAAGCACUGAACCAUGAACACAUCUAUUCACUCAGCUAGUCCUUACUGAAUAUUUAUAUAAUACAUAUUUGUGCAUUUAUAACUAUUAUAAUUAUUACGACAUCAGUUUUACUAUGAAUGUGAUUUGGCAUAAGAUCUCUCAUAAGCACAAUAAAUUCUAUAUAUUUUGUAACAGUUAACAGACCGAGGCUAUGUCAGUUUUGACAUGGAUUUAUACUAUUUUGCUCAAAAUAAACACAUUUAACAUUUAAAAAUA